GUUUUUUUGAUACUGGUUUACCAAAUUUACCAAUGCUAGCGCAGAGCGCUUCUGUCGAAUGUAAAUGGCGUAAAGUGAGAUUUAUGUCUGCUUAAUCUGAAAUAAUUGAUUUAAUAACGUACAAUUCGAAUUACAGAAGAGCUCGAUAAUGGCGACCACUUGCACAAUUCUGCGACGCGGUAUUGCGACUUCCUGUGUUUGUAAUGGGAAACGUAAUUUUCGGAAGUUCAUAAUAUACAAUAAACGCGGCAGUCGCAGCUUCAAAGAGCAACAAGCAAAGAAUCCAGAUCCCGAGAUACCAAUAGAUAAAAGAGGCGUAAGAGAUAUUGGAUACAAAGUUGGCGAUAGAUUUAUUGUGGUACCAGAGAUGAUUCCUGAAUUAAUUGUUCCUUCACUGGAAGGUUUCACAUUGAAACCAUAUGUGUCGUAUAAAGCGGAAGGGAUUACGGAACCCGAAUUCACCGCGCAAGAUUUGUUCGACGUAGUAUAUUCUAAAAAGAUAAAAGAAGAUUUUGAGAAGGGUCAGUUGGACGAGAACGGGGAGCCGUUGAAUCCUAGCGAAUAUGAAAAGCUUACGCCACAGCAAGCCAAGGAUGAAGCUGGAAAAACAGGCAGUGAUCUUUUCAACCAGAGAAGACGGUUGUAAGUUCUGUCCAGAUUUCAAUUUAUAACACUAAAUAUAUAAAUUCUGUAGAUAUAUACUGUGUAAAAAUAAAGGAAACUUCUAUAUGUUCGAAACACAUAAA